CGGUAGAGCUGGAGAGAGACAGGACAGCAGGACAGCAGGACAGAUCUUCAUCCGUGGAAACAUCACUAACAUCUCGUCCAUCAUGGUGAUUAGUCUUCCACUGUAGCAUCCCUGGAGGACAUGGAGGAAUGCAGCUUGCCCCCCACAGACAGAGAUCACUCCUGGAAGGAUGCCACGCUCAGGAGAAAGGCAUGGUUGAAAAGCAGAGACUCGUGGCAGGCCCCGGAUUCAGAGGAACCCCUGACGCAGGACAAGUCUGAAUCAGCUACUGAGACAGGUCCGAUCCCUAACAAAAUAACCAGCUGGCUGAGAGAAUGCAGGACUCCUCUCGGAGCAUCUCUGGAUGAACAGUCCAGCAGUACAACCAAAGGUCCUCCAAGGAACGGCUGUAGCUUUGAAGAUGACCUGUCCCUGGGAGCUGAGGCCAAUCUUCUCCAGAACGGCACGGCCAAGCCAGACCACUGUUAUGCUACUAGUUUGCAGGCGAAGGAAAAGAGGAGUCAGUUCAGACAGAAGGGGCGCAGUAUGAACUCCACUGGCUCGGGCAAGAGCAGUGGCACUGUAUCCAGUGUUUCUGAGUUGUUGGACCUGUAUGAAGAGGACCCAGAGGAGAUCCUCUACAACCUGGGCUUUGGUCGUGAAGAACCUGAUAUUGCUUCCAAAAUCCCUUCACGCUUCUUCAACUCAUCCUCCUACGCCAAGGGCAUCGACAUCAAGGUUUAUCUGGAAGCACAGAUGCAGAGAAUGGAGCUGGAAAACCCCAACUAUGCCCUCACCAGUCGUUUCCGUCAGACUGAGGUUUUAGCCACAGUAGCCAACGUCUUCUCCGAAAUAUACUGCCAGGUUUCAGGCCGACCUCUCGAAAAGAUCUGCCAGAUGGAGUCUCCUCCCAAAGAGCCGGUCCCCCUGCGAAGGAACAGCUCCGCCCUCAACGCCGUUAAGAUUCUCAAGAGAAACCUUACCCGACCCAACCUGCUGAACUCCUCGGAGGGCACGCCAUCUCCGCCCACCAACCCUGCAACAUCUGACGCUGAGUGCCAGUCUGAUUCUGAGUCUAAACUUUUAAAAGCUUUCAAGAAGAGGGACUCAUUGUCUUUGGCGACCGUCACUGAAGAAUCGAAUCAGGGCAUUGUGGACGUUUGUAGCAAAACCAAAGAGGGAAGCUCUGCCCAUGUUAACGGAGAUCUGGUGUCUGCAGGUAUUGCUCAAAGUUUGAUAAAUGGGACUAAAGUAUCAAAACAUGGAGGAACAAGAAAUGGAGGAACUGUUGAGACUAAUCUGGGUCUGGUUCCAGAGAAGCAGAAGAAGAUCUCCUCCUCUUCCAGUUCAGAUAAAGAACCCGGUCAAUUCCUACCCAAUCCACACAUGGCACACCUCCUUAGCCAGCCGCGGGAUUCCUUUGAGAUGGAAGAGUUACAGAGUAAUGAGGAUGAAGCCGUAUCAGGGACUCACUGUUUCUCCAGAUUUGGCAGUGAGGCUUUGCUGAGGACCAUCAGUCAGCAGUCAGACAGCAGUGGCUUUGCAGAAGAUCCUUCAUCUGAUGGUUCAGCUAAUUUCCUGAAGGUCCAGGAAAGUUCAGACAGCUGUGACAGUGAGGCGACUGUUACGUCUCACGCCAGUGGGGAUGGAACAUCUGUAAUGAUGGACCAACAUGCUUUAGAGAGACUUCUGAAAAAUGAAGAGCUGCCCACACAUCCCACUAUAGGACUCUUUAACCCAACAGGAACUCAGAAGGACAUUUCUGAACACUCAGAGACCGCCGAGUCUGAAACACAGAUCCAAGAAAGACCUUCUGGUUUUGUAAUCAUGACAGGCUCCAGUUCAGAAUCUGGAUCUACUGUAGAGUCAACAGAUCCGGCAUUAUCUACAACUCUGUGUUCUGAAACAAAAGAUCCUCAUACAGGUUCAGAGACGACGCCUGUGCGUGAACUGGAGUUAGCAGGUGAACUUGGUUCGACCGCGGAGACUGACGGCUCAUCAGAGACGAACGCUUUCUUAUUGUCAAGCUCUUCCACUGGCUUAGAACCAGUAGUGAAGUCUGAAUCCACUUCAAGUCCUUCAGUAGAACAAAGCUUUGGGCUGGUUCCAGAAUCUGAAAGUUGCACAGAGGAGGAGCAGAGCACCUCCAAAAGGGUCCGUGGUGCCUUGCUUCGAGCCCAGCAGAGGUCAUCCUCGUAUGAGGAUCAGAGGGGUCGGGUUUGGGUCAGGUCAAAAGAAUUGUUGCAAAAUCAUGAGAAUCGCUUGAGGAAUCCAUUAACAAGAUCAAGCUCCCUCCCAACGUCAUUUCUGAGCCCAACUCGAGUAGUUUCAUCUAUGAGAAUCCAGAUAGGUAAGGGCUCGGUGCGACAAUGCACUCCGCCCUGCUACAGCUACCGCUACGAGGAGGAAAGAGACGAGGCCAAUUCGAUCGCAGAGGAAGAUGAGGAUGAUACGUCAGCAAGCAGGUCCAACAUUCACAACCCUUCGUCAGUAGACUCCUAUGGUUUGAAUCCACAGACGGAAGUGGAUGGCACCACAAUGCCCCCAUACCCUCUAAAUGUAUCACCGCAUUUGACCCGGUCAGCUAGUUCGCUCUACAGUGUCCCUGCUGACUGGCCUACAGGGCGUCUCGCUGAAUGUCCUGUUUGGAGCAGCAGCAGCGUUCCUGAUCUGACCCAGCAUCCAAGAAUGCCACAUCCUGCAAUUCCUCGACAUAUCCAGCAAGAACUGCCUCAGUACAGAGGGGCAGCUAGCUCCCCCUACCAAAAAUCUGUAACCCCUCCUAGUCGGAGUUAUACCCCUGUCAACAGUCCCUAUCCUUACACACCUAGUGCCUUAAAUCCUCAGCCACAGAUCUCAAAUUUUCCAUACCCUCCAUACACGGCACCUCUUGGUACCACUUUCCCCCAGCCUUUUACCCACCCACCAAGUGCUCCCUACCAUUCAUCACCACCCUUCUAUUCACCUCCCCCAGGCACACCCUAUGGUUCCACCUUCAACCUUCAAGGAGGUCCGCAAAACCCUCAAAUGCCUCUCACACACCCCUACAGUUCCCCCUACGGUCUGGCUUUCAGUAAUGCACCUUAUCACCCUAAUAUUCCUGACAGACAUCAGUACAACUCCCCGUUCCAUUCUCCGCCUCUCCCCUUCACUCCGUUAUCUGCCCCAUUCCCAUGCAACACCCCAACUCCACCUUCACUCAUGGGCAGUACCGAAAUGCAGCUACGACGAGUCCUGCAUGAAAUCCGAGGCACCGUGCAGAGUCUCAACCAGGGUACUUCUGAGCAAAGGGUCGGUACACCCUCAGGUGCGCAAGGUCCACGCCAGAUGACGCAAUCACUCCACGAGGAGUUUCAGAAGAGAAGAGGAAACCUGAAUUUGUUCAGGACACAGAUGAUGGAUUUAGAACUGUCACUGAUGAGACAGCAGUCCAUGGUUUACCAGUAUCUCAGUCCUGAUGAGAGGCAUGAAGCGGAGCAUUUACAGAGGUUACGAGUAGCUGUCAGACAUGAGCUUCAGGAGUUGGAGUUACAGCUGGAGGAGAGAUUCAUGGAUGAUCAGAUCCACUCAGCUCGGAGCAGCCGCCUCUACCGCCAUCCACUGGUCAUGUCCAGAGGUCAGAGUAUGGACAGUCUGUUCAGCUCAUCUGCUCUCAGAGCCACUGAACCGGUGUCGGAUUUGUUGCGGGAGCAAAUGUUUCUCCAGUCGGAGCUGAAUUACGAUGGAGGUCUCAGUUCAGCUGGCACCGCCUCAGCUCACUCAUCGAGGUCGGCGAGUCCAGCACAACACGGUGACCCUGAUGAUUUCAGCUCAUCUUCAGCACAGAGAGGAAGAGGAGGAGUGUAUCGCUCUACAGUCAGCCUCACCCCGUCCAUCCCCUCACGCUCUGGUGCAGAGAGCCAGGAGCCGCCUGCUACACUGAAUACGACCACUAUUGAACCUGAGGUUAGGGAUCAGAGAUCACUGCAGAGUCGCUCAGCUCAGGUGGUCGAAGGGAGCGCCGAGGUGGAUGCAGGAGGAGUAGUAGAAGAAGCUGGUGGAAAUCUGCAGCAUCUCAUCAAGCAGAUUAAACAAAGUCUGGCUGAUGAGAUCAGACAGGAGAUCGUCAAUGAGAUCCUGGCUGCUGUGUCUCCACGAAGGUCUCCUGUAGAGCCGACACCAUGAUGAUGGAGAAUAGAGCAGCUGAGGAGGAAGAGGGCUGUGUAUGUAAGCACUGAGGGAACCUGCUGAAUUCGUGCACUACUAUCGGCUCAGCGUAGCCCCCCCGAGUCACACACUACUGUACCAGUAUACACCCACUGCAAACACACCCCACCCAUGCACAUUCUUUCAUCUAUGCAAAUCAACUGAGUACUACUGCAGCAGGAACUUCCAACCUCGAUAUCACCCAUUUAGAGAAGCUCAAACAGACGUGGCCGUCCAGAUUUCACCUGUUAACUUUUGCUGUCACACUAGUGCUCCAGAGACCAUCGUCUGCUCCACCUAACUGCCUUCAUUCAGUGUGAUGUGAAACCAACGCUGGGUGAUAGAAGCUCUUGGCAUUAUGUAACUAGGCUAACAUUAGCCUUCUAACACUUUCAGUUUCAAACAAUUCCAUGGUCUCAUUUUACUAAAAGUUUAACAGUGUGUGAUUGACCUUGUCCUCUGAGGGCAGAUUUGAGAGCUCACAAGUAUAAAAGAGGGUGGUUGGCACCAUUCUUCCAGUUUGUUGAUCUGCCCAAUGAUGUUGCACUAGCUGCAAUAUUUUUAAAAAGCUGGUAGCAUCAUGUGUCUCACAGGAAAAACGUGCUAGCACUUAGCUUCAGUCUUUGUCUGAAUGAUUUAGUCUCUUUAAAGACAUUCCACUGUUCUACCCAAUGAGGGGCUAAAAGAUACCAUUUACCACCAAUCCACCCAUCUUCAAAACUGUUUAUGUUCAUCUAAAGCCUAGUGCACACUACAUGGCCUUAAAAAUAAUCACUUUACAGUGCACACUAUGUCUUAACCACUUGUGUUUUUAAAAUUGCAGAUUAGUGCACACAGUCAUUAUGACGGGGCUCACACUACACAAUUCAUCAUAUUUUAAAUGUAUUUUUGCAAUUUCCCCUUUUCCUUAUAAUCUAGUCAUAUCCAAAUCCCCAUUCAUAUCUUCCUCCUUUGCUGCAGACCCCCACCCUGACCGAGAAGAACAUAGAAAGUUACAAUCUACUAAAUAUGUAGUGCAGCCUGACACAGGGAGUUUUGGGAGAUGUUUCAUGGUGGGAAUAGUACAUGCACCCUGGCAUUCACUUCUCUUACUUUCAAAGCUCACCAUAAGACCACUCUCAGUCUUUCUGGCUCUUUUAAUGACUAAUUUCUAAUCGUUGUGCUUUAACUAGUGCCACUACAUGACCAAUUACCAGUAAUUACAAACAUGCUGGGAAACAUCAAAAGUUUAAUGACUGAUACAUGACUGGAGAGACUGGGUUGCUGUACGCUCCCACGACAGGAGGAUUUGUUACUGCCAAGUCUGCAAGUGCCAUGUUUAGAUGCCAAUGAAAAAUCAGACUUGAAAUUGUUUAGUGCUGACCAGACUUUACACUCAUACACUGCUUCAUCACAGUUUUCUGUAGACUUCAAAUGGACUUUCACAAAAGGAACAUACAACUACAAUCUCCGAAAGCAGGAUUUUAAGUUUUAAUACUAACAAAUCCCCACACAUCCAGCAUAAAUACUAUUUCUUAAACACGUCUGAACACACCAGCAUAUUACUAUGUUUAUAAUAUUUUAGCUUUUGUGAAAGCAAAACUCCAGCUACUGAUUUCUGUGUACUCCAUCUGGAGUAUGUGGGAUUACCAGGAUCGAUUUCCACAUCUCCACUAAUUAAAGAAAUGUUCCGAAGACCACAUAAUCCACCAAACUUCACCAAAAUUCACCUCUGAUAGCUAAAUACUAAAUUCCUCUUCACCAAUGGGCUUUAUCAGGUUGAAAAUGAGCCAAUUAGGGACAAAACUGCACCCUGUGAGCUCUUCAUUAUUAAAAAGAAAUAUAAAGAAACUGCUAAUUACCCUGCAGCAAAAAAAUAAUAAUAAUAAUAAAAAAUAAAAUAGUAAAAUAAAAUCAGCACAGAGCAGCAUUAGCUGGUUGCCGGUCUGUAGGUUAGUGGUAGCUCAGUGAUUAAGGUACUGGACCAGUGAGCAGAAGGUUUCUAGUUCAAGCACCAUCAUAUCAACAGCCAUGUUGAUUUCAGUCACAAUUGUAAGUCGCUGUGGAUAAAAAUAUCUGCCAAAUGUUAUUAGUGAUUUAUCAGAGGAAUUUUAAGCUCUACAUGAAACAUUUAGAUAAAGCCUUAUAGCCUGAAUUGGAAUUAUUUUGACACCACAACUAUCCAAUAUAUAAUCAGUUUUACCCAGUUGUAACCACUAAUAAAUCAGUAUUCAUUAGUUAAAAAACAGCUUAAACUACUCUUACUCACUUUCUUAACUGCUUAUCCAAUGGGGGUGGCUAUUUCAGCUUUUUUAAUGGGCACAAGGCACACAGUAACACCCUGGAUGGGGCGCCAGUCCAUCGCAGGGCAGACACACACACACAUUCACUUAUAGGGCAAUUCAGUGUCUCCAAUCAACCCGACUGCAUGUUUUUGGACUGUGGGACGAAACCGGAGCUCCCGGAGGAAACCCACGCAGACACGGGGAGAACAUGCACACUCCGCACAGAAAGGACCCGGACCGCCCCUCCUGGGGAUCGAACCCAGGACCUUCUUGCUGUGAGGCGACAGUGCUACCCACCGAUACCCACUUAGCCACUGUGCCGCCCUCAGCUUGAACCAGAAACCAUCUAAUUUUGCUCUGUGCUGAUUUUUGAAUGUUAUUUAUAAGGAUGUUGGGGUUAGCAGGUAAGAAGUGAUCAUAUUAUUUUCUAAUCUGAUACUGCUUACUUACUACCUUACUCUGUCAUAAUUACAGUUCAUCUCAAGUCACAUGACGGGAUUAGGAUUAGUGAUUUCAGUAACAAAAUCUCAGUUGUUUGGAUUGUCGACCCAGUCGCUUCAAAUAAAUAAGUAUUAAUUUUCCAGACCUGUACAUGCAGGUGAAUAUUAAACAUUAAAACUUUGUCCUUUUAUCAGGUUGGUACUUGUAAUGAUUUGAUGGUAACAAAUCAGAUCCACUGAGGUAUAGCUUUAAAAAAACAUUUUUAUAAACAGACACUGAUAAUCAAAAGUCCCUCUGCUAUGAUAAGUACUGAGUAAACAGGAACAGGAGAGGAAUCAUGUCAACAUUUCUCUUCAUAGUAAUCCUACAUAUACUACAGAUGCCAUAUUCCUGAAGCCUUUACAGAAUAUGCAUUAUUCUUACACAUUCUGUUACGGCAACACGUGAUUUAACAUGAAUUUGAUGGUACCUGUGUUAAUCAGAGCAGUUAUUUCUGCAAUGUUUAAAAUGUGUGUCAAUAUUUUUCUCCCACUUUGCAUGUUUGUUGGGAUGAACAUGGGCAGGCUUAAUAGGUGUGUGUGUGUGUGUGUGUGUGUGUGUGUGUGUGUGUGUGUGUGUGUGUGUGUGUGUGUGUGUGUGUGUGUGUGUGUGUGUGUGUGUGUGUGUGUGUGUGUGUGUGUGUGUGUGUGUGUGUGUGUGUGUGUGUGUGUGUGUGUGGUUUUAAUAAUCUGAUUGUCUUCAGCCUCUGUGAGGUACUAACCGUGCAAUACAAUUCACUUGAACUUACUAGUCACAACUGCUGUUUAAUAGUUCUGACACUUUAGAAAAAGGGUUAAUGACACAUUUCCAAGUUUGUUUGUUUAUUAAACACGGGCCGUCGAUGACACGCCUUGUGUAGAGAAUAAGCAUCCAGAGCACAUGUUCUCCUUGCUCCGGUCUUUCCUGACUGAAGCGUUUUUUUUAUAAAAACAGUAACCACUAUUUUGUUGAUGAAGCUGGUUUGGCAUUUAGAGAAUGUACAGUGUAUAAAAAGCUCAUUGUGCCUUUUUGUAAAUAAAGAAUUUCAUGUUCUAGAGGGAUGAUUGCUAAGGGUUUGUGAAUGAGACGAGGCCGGUGUAUAGCUGAACUGUGUUUGUGAUAAUGAAUUGUAAUACUUAUCGAUUGAAAUGACUACGUUUUAAAGGGAUUUGUUAACAUUUGGGAUGCAUGAGGAAUUUAUAUCUCUAAAGCCAAUCAUUAAUAAAGAUCUAUUUAUUUUCAAUACAUAAA